CAAACAUUACCUCAUCUAAACCUAUCCAACCAAUGAUUCCAAUAUAAGUCAAAUCACUCAUUUAUAUCUUAGAACUUCAAUCAUCGCUAGUCUGCUUCUCUUUUGUUUAGAUAAUAUGAAUCCAGAAAAUAAUCUCCUAUCACUCAUGUUGUCGUUACACAUAAUCCAAGAAGAAGUCAUUAAUUCGAUGGCCGAUCAAAUUCACCUACUAAAAUUUUAACUACUUCACAUAUCUACCCAAAAAUUAUACAAUCCACAGAAUUAAAAACUAGAAUACCUACAUAAGUAUAUUUUUCAUUUAUAAAAAAGGGAUAAAGCAUUCCAAUUUAAGAAGCACUUAAGAUUUACUCAUCAAAACAAACUCCAGAUUCAUAGUAUAAUUCAACCAAGGUCUCUUCUUAUCUUCAAGAUAAAUUUAAUGAAAAAUCAAACUACACUAAGACUACUACUGGAGAAAGUUAAGAAGAGGAAAAGUCUUCUAAACAAAGUAAAUUUUUUUUUUUUUCUUAGAACCAUCAAUCAUUUAUUAAAAACAACUUCUGGAUAAAGAUUUAUAAAUAAUGCAAUUACAGAAAGAAAUCAAACUAAUUAAAGAUUCAAACGUAAUUAAUUUCAUUAUCAAUUUAGAAAAAGUACUAAAAUAUCGAAAAAGAAUAUGAAAAACUCUUAUAAGAAAAUUAAAAAUUGAAAUUACAAGUUCAAUUAUAAUAAAUUCAAAUCACCUAACUUACUCAUUAAUAAUCUUUGAUAUCUCCAGGAAGACCAUCAGAAUAUGUUAGUGCUUUAAGUGAAUAGGAUAAAUUAAAAAUUAAGACUCUACUAGAAUGCGAAUGA